GUGCUGAACAAUACUUACUUUACUCUUUGGGCUGAACCAAACAAAACAAAAUCCGUAUUUUACUCAUAAUUUAGCAUAAAAUCCAAACAGCAUGAAGCCUACAGGCGACAUAGACUCGCUCCGCACCGAGCACGAGUCGGAUGAGCAAUGGACGGUUCGGCGGAACUUCAUGCUGGAACAUAAAGACGAUUUUGGAGAGGACGAGCUGAUCACGUUGGCGCAACUCUUUACCAAUAUCGAGUUCCUGGGAUGCAGAUACCCACCGGAGACGAUGAAGAGGAUAGCCAUGCUUUCGGAGAAGGUGGCUUCCAACUACCGGGAUAGCCGUAAGAACAAGCUGAAGCGGACGUUUGUGCAAGCCAGCAGCGCUGCCGAGCAGAAGGCUAAGAGGACCUUCAAAUAAAUGUGACAUAUACUCUAACCAGUGGCGUAGCUAGGGGGGGACCGUGAACAUCAGUAGUGCCCAUAAAAAUUCGUAAAAUCAUGUAAAAUGAAAGCGAUGGAGUAAAUCCUGAGCUAUUUAACAUAAAGUACAAUUAAUAAAUAAAUAAAU